AUGACUGAUCUAGGCGGCGCAGAGGCCGAGCCGCCGCCCGCAGUCGGGAGAUGGGAUUCUAUUCUUAAACACCUUGGCCGGCCGGUAGGCGAGACGCUGCCACUGACACCAGAGCCUGAACAAAUUAUUCAUGAGAAAGGACAAGAUGAACAACCCAGGGCUCUAGAGCCUCUUGGUGAACAGGAUUCGAAGAGAGUUGUUACCGGGCUACCUCGAUCUCAGACAUUCAAGAGGCAGUUAUCUGAACAAAGGAUGCACUUGGAGCCCGUUAUUCCAACUGCGGAUGAGCGAAGAGCUGCGUCAGCCGAUAGGAGAUGUGCCGAGUUGAAUAAAGGGCAAACAAUUCCGCCAUACGCUGACACUCAAUCGAAUGCUCCUGAACCUCUCAGCACCAAUGCCUCUGUUGAUGGUUAUGGCUUCUCAGAGUACACUCAUCACUUUCCAGGUAACCACAGUUACUACGAACUAUCAAACCACGUCAUGGACCCGGUGCUAUUCGAUUCAGAAAGUCGCUAUGGCGAUGUACAGCCAAGUGAUACUCAUUCCAUGACGGAUGCCGUGUCUAUUUCACCCUCGGAACUCGAAGCUAUGAUCGCCGAUGAAUUGGCACAAAAAUGGAUUCUCAACCUCAGUAUGCACUUUCGAGAUCGAUCUCAACGGGAAAAGUUCUUUGUUACAUACAGAGAGCAUGAACAUCUUUGGAGACGAGUCACAAUCUCUCUGGAUUAUCGCGAUGCCCCGCCAGACUCCCUCGAGAUGGACUUGGCAAACACUGCCGUCCAAAGAGAGAAGAGCGCUAAGAUAUAUGAAGCCAUUCGUGACAGCCUUGCUGAUAUCAAGUUCUAUCCCACCGUGACAAAUUUGAAACUGGAAACGACUGGUGGGCGACUCCACGUGCACGUUGUUGAAGAUGGUAAUGAGAUUAUUGACUUUCCUACCUUCGAACAAGUUAAACACCUCAACUGUAGGCUAGUCCACGAAAAAGAUAUCAUCUUUGACUCACACCUGUCUGGGUUCGUGUACAAAGUCUACGUCAAUGGCAAGGCCCUGAUCAAAAAGGAAAUUCCAAGCCCUGACACCGUCGAGGAGUUUUUAUACGAAGUCAACGCCCUUCGUAAUCUCGGAUACUCCAGAGAUAUUGUGAAGCUCCACGGAGUUGUUGUUGACGACCACAAGCAGGUCAAGGGCCUCCUCAUCAGUUAUGCUGAGCAAGGCGCUUUGACUGACAUUCUAUAUGACAUCUCUAGAAAAGAGGCUGAAGUGACACCCUGGCCAACGAGACAACGCUGGGCACGCCAAAUUGUUCAGGGACUGUCAGACAUUCACGAGUCUGGGUUUGUGCAAGGCGACUUGACGCUCAGCAACAUUGUGGUUGAUGCUGAUGGCGACGCCAAGAUAAUCGACAUCAAUCGCAGAGGAUGCCCAGUAGGCUGGGAGCCGCCAGAAAUGAGCGCACUCAUCAAAGCCCAUCAUCGAAUCACCAUGCAUAUUGGGGUUAAGUCUGAUCUUUAUCAACUUGGAAUGGUCUUGUGGGCAUUGGCUAUGCUCGACCAUGAGCCAGAGGCGGCUGGAAGACCCUUGGUCCUAGGGCCGGAGAUUAACGUUCCAGAUUGGUAUCGACAAAUGACCGAAAUAUGCCUCAACGAUGAACCGAGAAGGAGGCUGGCCGCAUCCGCUCUCCUGCACAUGUUCCCUCCAGACACAGAAGGACACCAGGGUCCGAUAGCAUCUGCCGAUGAUACUCGCUCUCUGGACGAGUAUAGCAUCGAUUAUGCGCCCAAUGCUCAGCCGUACGUUAAAACCGUGGCACCGUCCAAUGGGUGGCAGUACUCGAGCAAGACGUAUGUCGACACAAGCCCGGACGUGUAUGAUGAAAUGUAUCCCACCCGCGGCCGUUCGCCACCCAGGCCUCCUCCAAGUGAUUUUGAUGCAUACGAAGCGACAGAUAGGGUGUUUAGCAGCACCUCAUGGGCAGCAAACAAUAGCGUUCGCCCAUCAUAUAACGAUAUCGAUGAGGACGAUUAUACUCCAGAUGGGAAAGCAUAUGAUAUGGCAUUGCGACCUGAAACGCCACUGUCUUUGGGACAGUACGAUGUUGAUUCUGCGGCUUACCUGCCCACCGACAUUAGACUUGAAGACAUCAGCACGAAACCUACAACCAUGUCGGUCAUGGACCGAAAGCCGUCUUUGGGUGAUGGCUUGCAGAUGUUGCCAACCCCGAAACUUUGCAGACAAGCCACUGCUAUCCAUGCCCCUAUUAUGAGCAAAACAGGAGAAAGUGAUUCAGCAACGGAGAUACCUCGGGCUGACGACGAACCGUUACACAAGUCGUUGGAUGGACCGCCUCUUGACGUCAGUACUGGCCCCGAGGCUUUUGCGGUGCACGCCGUGUUUGACAUGGAUGAUAUGAAGACUAUAGGAAGCGACAUAGACGGCGGCGUAUCGUUAGGCACGGAAAACAACCCAAAUAGCCAUGAUUCACUAUUGCAGACUGAGCCUUAUUCUGAGGCAGGGGCCCAUUCCCAACAUCAAGACCAAAAGGUUCUGCACAACAACACGGACUGUCUUGCGAUCCCUAUGCACGCUAUCACAGACACGACUAAGCGGAAUCCGGGUGGAGAGGAAAAAGGAUUAUCUGACGACACAAGAAAUCCAGCCGAGCCUCGACAAUUGACAAACGACAACGACUACAAAAUAGCCAGACUGGGUAAUUUUCUUCAGAGUUCAACUCUCCCCGACCCGAUGUACCCGUCAUUUCCACACCAACGUCCCGCUUCACUGCCCCUGGCGCUGGCAGGCAUCGGCGCGGGCCUAUCUUUCGAUCACGAGACAAUGACACUGGCAGACAAGGCCAAUAUCGAAACGGAUUUUAACGUGUUAGCACGACCAGCUACCGUACAGGCAUUGAUGGCCACGACAGAUUAA